ACAUACUACACGAGUUGGGCACUUGUGAGCUGCUCAAAGCAGUGCCGACUCAUCGCCGAAAAGAUCUUUACCAAAACAUCUUUGUGGCUUUGUUACACAAGAUUUUUCAAAGUUUCUUUCGUCAGCUGGCACCGUAGUCUUAAUUUUUUUCUCUAUCAACAUGAUUAUAACUCUGAAAAAUUUGCAGCAACAGACGUUUACAGUGGAAAUUGAUCCAACGCAAACGGUAAAGGAUCUAAAACAAAAGAUCGAAACCCAGAAAGGUUUUCCAGCUGAACAUCAAAAAUUAAUAUAUGCUGGAAAAAUAUUAACGGAUGACCAUCCACUAACAGAAUAUAAUAUAGAUGAGAAAAAAUUCAUAGUUGUUAUGGUAACGAAGCUUAAAACUGGCAGUAAUCCUUCGGCUGCUGAAGAGGAACACACGGAAGGCGACAAUAAAGAAGAAAGUAGUACAACCAGCUCAGCGGCACCACCUAGUACAAAUCCAACUACUCAGACUGCACCACAGCCUGCUAGUAAUGUACAGGAAGAAACUGAAACAAGUACUACCACCGAGCCUGUUGGAGGUCAAGCCGAAAGUGCCUUGUUAAUGGGUGAAGAUUAUAACACUAUGGUAAACAACAUCAUGGACAUGGGAUACGAGCGUGAUCAAGUGGAACAAGCAUUAAGAGCCAGCUUCAAUAACCCGGAUAGAGCUGUCGAAUACCUUUUAACGGGUAUACCGGCUCAGCUCUUUGAAGAUCCGCCAGAAGAUCCACCAGAAUUACAAGAAGCGCUUCAAGAUCAUGCCCAUCAUCCGCUAGCAUUUUUGAGAAUGCAGCCUCAGUUUCAACAGAUGCGUCAAGUAAUUCAACAGAACCCUCAACUCCUGAAUGCUGUGCUCCAACAAAUUGGUCAAACUAAUCCAGCGCUGUUACAACUUAUUUCUCAAAAUCAAGAAGCAUUCGUGCGCAUGCUUAACGAACCUGUAGAAACAACAGGUGGCACAGGCGCAAGAACCACACCGGUAUCCGCAUCAUCUAUUACAUCAGCAAUUACUCCUGCUGGUUUAACUGGAGGGCCGGGCGCAGGAUUAGGAGCAGGAGUAGGAGCUGGCGUUGGAACUGGGACUGGGGUUGGCGCUGGGGCCGGAGCUGGAACAGGAGCAGGUGCCGGUGCCGGUGCUGGUGCCGGCGCCGGCGUCGGCGUAGGGUACGGCAUAAUUCAGGUAACCCCACAAGAUAAGGAAGCUAUCGAGAGGUUGAAAGCAUUAGGCUUUCCUGAACAUUUAGUUAUACAAGCUUACUUUGCGUGUGAGAAAAAUGAAAAUCUUGCUGCUAACUUUUUGCUAUCACAAAGUGUUGAUGACUGAAGCAACGCGCUUCAUUGAUAUCAUAAAACGGAGUUAAAGGACUGAUAUAGGGUGGGUAAUUACACAGGCGCCGCAUAUUACUUUUGACUGGUCACCUUUGUUUUGUAUAUAAGUAUGCACACAUAUUUAUAUUAUUUUUUAUUAAUUCUCUAACUAGAUGUAUCAGCCUUGUUUUUGCUGAAUCUUAAAAAUUCAAUAAAUUUAUUUUACCGACUGCUCAACAUAUCAAAUUAUUUGUAGAGUUAAAUACUUUUAUUUCAAAAUAUAAACUUUUAUAUAUAUAUAUAUUAAGAUUGAUAUACAAUAGUUUGCAUCGGUGUUGUAAUCCAUCCUUGCAGUCUGACAAAUUGCCCUACAGCAAAAAAAAUUUUUGUUUUCUAAAUAUAUGGAGCAGUGUAAUUACAUUUUUAUGUAAGAAAGCCUGAUUGUUUAAUAAACAUAUAUGAAGAAAAUAUAAAUACAUUAUUGUAUUUAUAUCUUAUAUAAAGUUACAAUGCAAUGACGCACAUACAUGCAAAUUUGUAUACGCUGGUAGAGUGUAUUCAAAACGUAUAUAUGUGUAUAACACAUAUAAUUUGUACAUUUAAUAGGCUUUCUAAUAUAAAAAUUAUGUAAGUGCAUCCGUAUAUGUAUGACUGCAUAUGUAUAUAUGUGUGUACUUGCGUAUAACUUGCGCCUAUGUAUGUAUGUAUAAAAAAAAGUCUUGUAUUUUUUAAACAAAAGUUAAGAAGACAGUUGUUCAUCAAUAAAGCAUUACCAAUCAUUUCAUUUGUGACAAACUAACAAAAUGUAAGAAAUACUAAAAGAGAAAUGAAAAUUUUAGUAAUACACGCAUUCGAAUCUAUUCAAAUUUUGUUCUGGACCUCAAUAUCAAACCAUAUUUUCUCAUUGAAAAGGGAAA